AUGAAGCCAGACAUUAUGGCAGUGAAUGACGUCACAAUAUUCGUCUUUUCUUUCUUUUUUUCUCUCAUACUCAAAUCUUCAGUUCACUCCAUCUUAUCUUUUGUCUUCUUCUUUUCCUUUUCUCCUUUAUCUACUAUGUUCCCUCAGAGCGUCAUAACCAUUCCGCCCGCUGCCCAUCCAUAUAGGUCAUCCGAUAACCAUUCCACCAUGCCCAUCCAUAUAUGUCCCAUCCAUCCAUAUAGGUCAUCCGAUAACCAUUCCACCCGCUGCCCAUCCAUAUGUCAUCCGAUAACCAUUCCAUUCGCCCACUUUCCCAUCCAUAUAGGUCAUCCGAUAACCAUUCCACCGCUUCCCAUCCAUAUAUGUCAGCCGAUAACCAUUCCACCCGCCGCCCAUCCAUAUAUGUCAGCCGAUAACCAUUCCGCCUGCGCCCAUCCAUAUAUGUCAGCCGAUAACCAUUCCAUUCCCCGCUGCCCAUCCAUAUAUCCGAUAACCAUUGCUGCCCAUCCAUAUAGGUCAUCCGAUAACCAUUCCACCGCUGCCCAUCCAUAUAUGUCAUCCGAUAACCAUUCCGCCCGCUGCCCAUCCAUAGGUCAUCCGAUAACCAUUCCGCCCGCUGCCCAUCCAUAUAGGCCGAUAACCAUUCCGCCCGCUGCCCAUCCAUAUAGGUCAUCCGAUAACCAUUCCCCGCUGCCCAUCCAUAUAUGUCAGCCGAUAACCAUUCCACCCGCUGAUAUGUCAGCCGAUAACCAUUUCCACCCGCUGCCCAUCCAUAUAUGUCAUCCGAUAACCAUUCCGCCUGCUGCCCAUCCAUAUAUGUCAUCCGAUAACCAUUCCACCCGCUGCCCCCAUCCAUAUAUGUCAGCAGAUAACCAUUCCAUCCCGCUGCCCCAUCCAUAUAUAUCAGCCGAUAACCAUUCCACCCGCUGCCCAUCCAUAUAUUCAGCCGAUAACCAUUCCACCUGCUGCCCAUCCAUAUAUCCGAUAACCAUUCCGCCCGCUGCCCAUCCUAACCAUUCAGCCGAUAAACCAUUCCGCCCGCUGCCCAUCCAUAUAUGUCAUCCGAUAACCAUUCCACCCGCUGCCCAUCCAUAUAUAUCAGCCGAUAACCAUUCCGCCCGCUGCCCAUCCAUAUAUGUUAACCAUUCCGCCGCUGCCCAUCCAUAUAUGUCGCCGAUAACCAUUCCGCCCGCCCAUCCAUAUAUAACCAUUCCGCCCGCUGCCCAUCCAUAUAUGUCAUCCGAUAACCAUUCCAUCCGCUGCCCAUCCAUAUGUCAUCCGAUAACCAUUCCGCCCGCUGCCCAUCCAUAUAUGUCAGCCGAUAACCAUUCCACCUGCUGCCCAUCCAUAUAUGUCAACCGCCUUACAACCAUUCCGCCCGCUGCCCAUCCAUAUAUGUCAGCCGAUAACCAUUCCACCCGCUGCCCAUCCAUAUAUGUCAGCCGAUAA